GGCCUCUUUCUUCGCAAAAGUCAAGCUCGCUAGUAAACAUGGCAGGCAUAUGGACCGAUAAGAAAUUUUUACUCUUCCUCUCUGGAGCUGUUUUGCAGGCGUCUGCUUUUGUCGCAUUUUAUCUGAAGAAGCGGCAAAACGGCGCCAAUAUCGAUGAAGGCUUUGAAGACGUUUCACGGAUCGAAGAUGAAGGGCCAGAGUCUGAAAAGAAAAUUUUAGUCCUGGGCCUCGAGAGCUGCGGCAAAAGUUCCAUUCUGGCCCAGUUCACAGCUCCGCAAAGCACAAAGUCUGCAAUCGCCAAUGUGACACCAACAGAAGGUUUCAACGCCGUCAAUCUCAUCAACAACGGAGUCAGUUUAAAAAUUUACGAGCUUGGUGGUGGAGCAAAAGUGCGGCAGUACUGGGAUAACUACCUCCAAGACACGGACGUGCUGAUUUUUGUUGUCGAUUCCACACAACCGACGGCCAAGGCGGCGAUCGAAUUGAAAAGACUUCUUGGAGAUGAGAGACUGAGCCACGCACCAGUCCUAAUUUUUGCAAAUAAACAGGACAAGGCAGACGCUCUGACCCCCGAGCAGGUGGAGGUGGCGUUGGACUUGCAGAGUAUACCUCCGAGCAAGCACCAAGUCAGAGUUUUCGGGACGCAGUGCUGCCCCGAAGCUACCUCAGUGCACCCAUCAAUCGCGCACGCCAAGUCUGAAGUUUUCCGUCUUGCCACACGCUAACGAACGAAUCUGUCGGGAAACGGAGCAUCUCUCUUUAUAUCGCGUCUACUUGUUUCCGUGAUGCAUUUCCAUUUUGAUCAAAAUAGAUGUUACUCUAAGUGUAAAGUUCUGUAAUUUUAAUAUCAUUUUAAUUUUGAAAUGACUUUAGUUUAAGACUUUUGUACUAUACGCAAUCAUUUCUCUCUGUGACGAUUUCAAGGCUUGAAUUUCUUUAAGAAGUUAUGAAAAUCUGCAAUAUGCCGUUCAAAGCUUAAAUAAAGUGAACUGUUGAUAAAACGUUAUGUAAACGCUCCCUGGAGCUUGUUUUUAAAUCUGAAUAAAGAAGCAAAGUAAUGACAAAA